CUUCCCCCCGGAGAAAGAUUACCCUGCCCUGAUAGAGCCGCUGCAGCCCCUGCUUGCAACUUCAGCAAGCCGGGUGGGGGGUUCAAAAGUUGCAAAGGAAAGAGGGUGUGUACAUAAGACAGGGAGGCAGAGAGAGAGAGAGAUCUUUGCCAGCCUCCUUCUUUUUCUUCCCAGCGCUCUCGGAUGGGGGGUGGAGGAGGAGGAGGAGGACCUGCCCGCAUGGAGCUCCGAGGACAACCGUGGAGCCCGUUGCUACCUUCACCGACGACGACUAACCCUCGACGCCUCUUCGAAAACCAGCUGCCCUGCUGAAGGAACGAGAAGGGUGGGGAAGAGAGAGGGAGAGAGAGAGGGCAGGCCCGAGGUGCUCGCUGCAGUUUGGGCUUGCAAAUCUUUGCAACGAGCUGUCGAAAAAACAAAAACACCUCCCUCUCCAAUCCAAGGCGAUCAAUGAGGUCCUAAAAGAGCAGGGGAAAGUGACAGGAGUAGAGAGAAAGAGCGCAAAUCGACAGCAGCAGCAGCAAGCAGCGAAGAGACAACCUACCCCCAUCCCCACCCUACUAGCCCUUAAACAAGAAGAACCAGCUGGUAGACAGACUAAAACUUCCAGCAGCCAGGAUGGGACAAACUCUGCUUCUUUGGCUCUGCCCCCUGCUUCUCCUCAGUCUCUGGGGCCAAAGCUCCUUAUCCAAUGAGAUUCUGGGCCUGAAGUUGCCAUUGGAACCUGUGCUUAAUGCCAACACAGUGUGCCUGACCUUGCCUGGUCUGACACGGCGACAACUGGAGGUGUGCGUGCGGAAUCCUGACGUGACGGCUUCUGCCAUUCAAGGCAUCCAGAUCGCCAUCCACGAGUGCCAACACCAGUUCCGCGAUCAGCGCUGGAAUUGCUCGAGCCUGGAGACCAAGAACAAGAUCCCCUAUGAAAGCAUCAUCUUCAGCAGAGGUUUCCGGGAGAGUGCUUUUGCCUAUGCCAUUGCAGCCGCAGGGGUGGUACAUGCUGUCUCCAAUGCAUGCUCCCUGGGCAAGCUGCAGGCAUGUGGCUGUGACCAGAAGCGCCGUGGAGAUGAGGAAGCUUUCCGCCUCAAGCUGCACCGUCUCCAGCUGGAGGCCAUGAACCGAGGCAAGGGGAUGAUGCAUGGAGUGCACUUGGAACACAUGCCAGCUGAGGCCCCAGGCCUGCAAGACUCCUGGGAGUGGGGGGGCUGCAGCCCCGAUGUGGACUAUGGGGAGAAAUUUUCCAAGGACUUCUUAGAUUCCCGGGAGACCUACCGAGACAUCCACUCUCGCAUGAGACUGCACAACAACCGUGUUGGCCGGCAGGUGGUGAUGGAGAACAUGCGGAGGAAAUGCAAGUGCCACGGCACCUCAGGGAGCUGCCAACUGAAGACAUGCUGGCAGGUGACCCCUGAGUUCCGCCUGGUAGGCUCCCUGCUCAAGGAGCGCUUCUAUGGGGCCAUGCUGAUCCGGCCCCACAACAGGAACACAGGGCAGAUGGAGCUGAGCCACGCCCGCCAGAGGCGCCGGGCCGGCAUCAGCGACCUGAUCUACUUUGAGAAGUCACCGGACUUUUGUGAGCGGGAGCCGGCACUGGACUCCAUGGGGACGCAAGGGCGCUUAUGCAACAAGACCAGCCCGGGCAUGGACAACUGCGAGAGCCUGUGCUGCGGGCGGGGACACAACAUCCUGCGGCAGACACGCAGCGAGCGAUGCAACUGCAAGUUCCAUUGGUGCUGCUUCGUGGCCUGCGAGGAGUGCCGGCUCACGGAGUGGGUCAGCGUCUGCAAAUGAAGACCAUGGCCUCUGCUGGACGCUCCAGAGACUCUGCGGUUUCUACUGGGCACAGUGGAGCCCUGCAAAAAGCAGGAGGCACGGCUUGGGCAGCCUGGCACGUUUGUGUUUCACAUCAUCUCCCUGGCACUUCCUCUCCUCCUUUCUGACUUGUGCAUGAGCACUCAAGGGGUUCGGUUGUACAUGGGCGUUAGUCGCGAGCCUGGCAUCUCUGAAGCACAAAGAGCUGCACACCAGUGGGCUUAGCUGGAAUCCCAGACAUUAACUCCAGCUGCUUCUGGCCACUGGCAUCUCCAGCUGUGGUUUGAAGGCCCAGGAGACACCUACAUAGGUUCCUUCUGCAGAACCUCACUCAGUCCUCCCCCCGUGAUGUAUCUUACUAAUCCCGCACUGGGAUCAUUCAGGUGGCAGGCAGCCCUUACAGAACAAAAUACCUGUUUUUUCUUUUUUUAAAUCCUGGGUUGAAAUCAUAGAAUUGUAGAGUUGGAAGGGACCACAAUUCCCUGAAAUGCAGGAAUCUUUCACCCAACAUGGGGCUCAAACCCACGACACUGAGAUUAAGAGCCUUGUGCUCUACCGACUGAGCUGUACCAGCUGCCACAUUUCACGUUGGACCAAUUCAAGACCUGUUUUGGUUGCCGUUAGUAUCUUUGUUAUUCAGGAGAGAGAGAGAAAUUAAAAAUGCUGAGUUUGUUUAAAAUAAAUGUUUCUAGCAAGAGAUUGAAGGGUGGGGGCACAGAGACCUCUGACUCCAGUGUCCCAUACAGGCACUGUAGGCAUGUAGUAUGAUGGUAACUGUGGUUGGUAAAUUAUUUUAUUAUUGUGAGAAUAAAAGUGAAUCAGAGAUGGUGUGUGUCUGAGGGUGUAAUGAUGGAGACAUAAGAUUUGUUGUUGGGUGAAGCCUAGGGAUGUCUACUUGCUUUGCAUGGCAUCUCACAAUAGCUCACAUGUGGGUGCUUUGGUUUAUGCCAAAUCUGCAAAAUGGAACUGCAGGAAAAAGAGCACAUGGGGGCCCCCUGGAAAGAAACAUGCCAGUCUCUCCAUCCAAAGCUCAGCAGUUGAGCUCCAUGGCACUCAUUCUGAUGGGUGAUCCAUCAGGCAGCCUUCACACUGGGAAUGUUGUAUUUAUGGUCUCAACAUGCAUGGGCUGCUGAGAUUAUUUGUGUGGGGCGUUUGCCACGGCACUUGCAAAUUCUGAGGACUGCUGCUGCAGCUGGAAAAUGUUUGCUGGAUCAAGGCUGCAGUGGUGUCUCUAAUCCUGUCCAAGAAUCUGCUGUACUUAGGAAAGGGGAACAGGGGUGGCACUGGGGAGGACCUCAACAUUUCCUAAUUUGGAAAAGCACAAGAGGAGCAGAAUGAUCAUUUAGUAACAGGAGGGAAAGGCUUCCCACGCGUCAAUGGGGCAGUGGCAAGGCUCUGGAAAGAGUCCCAAGUUACACCGUGUUCUUGCUUGCUGGCUACGAAUGCCCAACGACCCUUUUAGGUGGGCAGCCUGGGGUCCCAAUGUAUGGGCAGAAUGUGCAAAGAAUUCAGGGCCUGUGCUUAUGUGGUGGUGAUUCUGGUGAGAAGCAAGCUGUUGCAUCCUAAACAGCCCUUGUUGCCCGCUUUGCCCUGCAUGGGCUGGGUAACGAUGAGUCACCCUAUUGGUAUCUGGUGCUGUCUGAUAAAUCCCCACCCUGCCUAUAAUGUUGGCCCUGAGGCUCUGCAAAAGGAACACCAGACGGGAAGGGAAGGGAAGAGUGGGCAGGGUGCACCAGUCUAGCCAGGGGCACGGUGCACAGGCCUCGCCAGGGAGGAGCUCCCUGCAACCUUGUUUCAUAAGGCUCCAAAGCGCUACAGGUUGGUUGGUGGUGGGUGGUAUCUUGGUUUCACAUUCUGGAGCUGUCAGCUUUUAUUUAUUUAUUUAAUUUGCACUCAGCCAAAGGUUGUGGGUGGAACCUCAGCACCUGGAAGGCCUUUCUAUCUAUGGAGGGGCACACGAGAUUCUCUAGGGCCUCUAGAUGGAUGAAUUGGGGAGGGGAGAGACGUCUACCACAAUGCUCACUACAAUAUUGGCACCUCUGGAAGCUUACCUUGCCAGCCCCUCCUUCCACAAGCUCUCAGUGUGCUCAAGGUGUGCUCAAGCUGCAAAGGAACUCGGGAGCAGAGUGCCUGUUAAAUUUUGUUUGUUUUACUUAUCAGAUUUUCCACCGAAACGGUAAAUCCUAAUCUAAUAGCAAGAAAAUAUGGGGUGGCACUUUGAUGAGGCUGCUGUCAUGUGGAUGCGGAUGCUGCACAGAGGCCACAAUAAAGUGUUGUGUGGAAGUGCCCAGAGCUGCUGUCAAGAAAAAAGAUGUCAACCUCAGGAAUAGUUUUGCCUUCAGCUGGGUCUUAUUGCUGUUCUGUCCAGAAGAAACAUAUGUGCAUGUACAUGUACACACAGAGACAUCUGCAUAGGCUGGCCGUCUUUGUUUUCCAUGCUUCUACAAAGUCUUAAGUAGUGUAGCUCAUCCUUUAGCCCUGUGAGCUUGCUCGUCUUGGCCUGGUGCCUCAAGUUCCUUCAACUCUCUGCUUAUGGGUCUGCAUAGUGGUGGUAGCUGGUCUCCGUGAACAUUGGUAAGGUGGAAGGCCAACAAUAGGUGGAGCCAGAGCCAAUGACAGGCAGAGCCAA